UUAGCUCUGUGUGACGUGUCUGAGGAAGUGAAGGCGCAGUAAAGCACACGCUGGAGUAUCUAUGGUGAUUUGUUGGGAUUCAUUUUCAGACGGCCUACACCAUCCCCAUCCUGGCGUUCGCCUUUGUGUGCCACCCCGAGGUCCUGCCCAUCUACACAGAGCUGCGCAAUCCCACCAAGAAAAAGAUGCAGCAUGUGUCCAACAUCUCCAUCGCAGUCAUGUACGUCAUGUACUUCCUGGCUGCACUUUUUGGAUACCUAACGUUCUAUGGUGAAGUGGAGGCGGAGCUGCUUCACACCUACAGCCGCAUCGAUCCGUACGACACGCUGAUCCUGUGCGUGCGCGUGGCCGUGCUCACCGCCGUCACACUCACUGUGCCCAUCGUGCUCUUCCCCGUACGGAGAGCAAUUCAGCAGAUGUUGUUCCCCAACAAGACGUUCUACUGGCCUCGCCACAUCGCCAUCGCCGCCGUUCUGCUCACCUUCAUCAACCUGCUCGUCAUCUUUGCUCCGAACAUCCUGGGCAUCUUUGGGAUCAUCGGUGCCACGUCUGCCCCGUGUCUCAUCUUCAUUUUCCCCGCCGUCUUCUACAUCCGUAUUGUUCCCAAAGAAGAGGAGCCGAUGCGCUCGGUGCCCAAAAUUCUGGCUGCCUGUUUUGCAGGGAUAGGCUUCCUGUUCAUGAUCAUGAGUCUGAGCUUCAUCAUUAUUGACUGGACGUCGGGCAGCAGUAAAGCCAGCAGCGGUCACUAGACUCUUCAGGUUUUGUAUUGUUGAUUUAGACCUGUGUGUUGUAAUGUUACUGGUUUUGAUUUCUUUGGUUUUUGCUGUUGUUGGAUAAUGUUUGACGUUAAAGACGCCCCCGUGUGUUCCAUCAGAGAUUAUUGGCCUUAGAGGAGGAGGAGGAGGAGGAGGAGGAGGAGUCUCACUCUAAUGAUAUCACAUUUUACUGCACAUCCUGUCAGACAAUGCACAUGCACGUCAGCAGACUUUUCUUGAAAGUGAAUUAACUGCAUAAAGAUUGAUGUCGACACUUGGAGGCCGCGCCUUGUGAGGUGGAUAUAACAACACAAUUAUUACACUGUAGGACGCUGCUGCUGCUGCUGCUGCUGCUGCUGCUGCUGCUGCUGCUGCUGCUGCUGCUGCUGCUGCUGCUGCUGUCUUUAUACACCUGCCCUACUUUUAUGAUCCUUAAUCCAUAAACUGCUACUUCUCAGAUUAGAUUACACAACCUGAAGCUCCUCCCUUAGAAAGGUAUUGAAUGAAAUCUAUUUUAUGAUAGAUAAUGAUCUCAUAUUUGUAUUAUUAUUAUGAAUCACUAUAGUUUUGCAACUCAGAGGAAAAGUGAUAGAAACAGCUUUUGCACAGAUUGGUCGAUUUUAUUUAAAGAAAUGUAAACGUAAGUUCGACACGUGUCAUGUCUCCUUCACUUUGAAUGGAGCAGUGUCAGGUGUUUCCACCAGCACGCCUCGCCUCGCCUCGCCUCGCCUCGCCUCGCCUCGCCUCGCCUCGCCUCGCCUCGCCUCAGUGAUUUUGCUUUUCCAUUAGCGAUAGUUCCUGCUCUGGAGAGGUUCCACUGCCGGUCACUGAUCACUGGUCAGAGAGCGUCGCCACUGGAAGAGGCACAAGAAUCCAAGCCAACAAUUCUGUGGAAUUGUAGAUCAUUUAAAAAGACUUCAAAAUCCUAAAAACGUGGGUUAAUCUCCAACAUUUAGCAAAUGAAAUGUCUAAA